AUGGGUAGCAAGACAGAGUCCGAGACCGCCAAAUCGGCAAGGCAGUCUGUAAUCGGCUCAUCGACUCAACCGGCUGCCUCUCAGGACAAGAAAUCCGCUCAGCAAACUGGGAACAACAAUCAAAGCAUCAUGGCAACCAUUGCAGAUGACGAUGACCGUCUUCUUGUCCGAAUUGGAUACACACCAGUCCUGCAAAGACAUUUCUCACGAUGGUCGACAGUGUCAUACGCGAUUUCCAUUCUUGGAGUGCUUGGAUCCGUGCCAGCAACGUUCGGUGUCCCAAUGACCUCCGGAGGGCCUGCAACAUGUGUGUGGGCAUGGUUCAUUGGCAGCAUCAUGGCAUACUGCAUAGCCAGUUCAGUCGCCGAACUUGUAUCAGCGUAUCCAACGGCUGGUGGAAUGUACUAUGUAACAAAGCACGUGGUUCCUCCGGAGCACGUUGCUGCAUGGGCCUGGAUCAUCGGGUGGUGCAACUUCCUCGGUCAAGCAGCAGGUGUUGCGAGUCUGGCGUACACCAUUUCGCAGAUGAUCUUGGCAACGGCUGUCAUGCAUACAUUUGAGGGGGGCGAGGCUACGUUCACGCCGAAUGCGCACCAAACCGUACUCCUCGCGAUUUUCGUUCUCUGCCUGUUUGGCACCAUCUGCUCUUUCCCCACUGAAUGGCUGCACCGUAUCAUUCUAUGGUUUGCCCCCAUCAACAUCAUUGCAUCGAUUUGCAUCUGCAUUGCUCUUCUCGUUCUCACACCUAACAAGCAGAGCGCCUCAUGGGUCUUCACAACAGUCACCGACGGCUCUGGCUGGGGCAGCAGAGGCUUUUCGUUUCUGCUUGGUUUCCUAUCAGUUGCAUGGACCAUGACCGACUACGACGGCACCACGCACAUGUCAGAAGAGACGCACGAUGCAGCCAUUCGCGGCCCCGUCGCUAUUCGCGCUGCAAUUCUAAUCUCAGGCGUUACGGGCUGGAUGCUCACUGUCACGUUCUGCUUCUGCAUGUCAGACUACGAGGGCAUCAUGGCGACCCCCACCGGCCUGCCGGUCGCCCAGAUCUUCUUCAAUGCUGGCGGCAAGACCGGCGGGACUAUCAUGUGGUUCUUCGUCAUGCUCGUGCAGUUCUUCACUGGGUGUAGCGCCAUGCUGGCGAAUGCCAGGAUGGCGUGGGCCUUCUCGCGCGACGCCGCGUUCCCGUUCUCCAACUUCUGGUCCAAGGUGAACACUCGCACGCACACGCCGGUCAACGCCGUAUGGCUCGUCGUCGCCUUCUGCAGCUGCCUGGACCUCAUCGGGAUCGGCUCGACGCUGACCAUCACGGCCAUCUUCAACAUCACCGCGCCCGCCCUGGACAUCUCGUACAUUGCCGUCAUCAUCGCGCACCGCUGGUACGAAGACCGGGUCGUGUUCCACGCGGGCCCGUACACCAUGGGCCGGUGGAGCAAGCCCGUCAAUGCCGUGGCCGUGACCUGGGUCGUCUUCAUCAGCGCGGUGCUGUUCUUCCCAACGGUGAACCCCGUGACCGCGACGAACAUGAACUACGCCAUCUGCGUCGCGGCCUUCAUUGGGCUGUUCAGCACGCUGUGGUGGUAUGCGGGUGCGCGCAAGAGCUACACAGGGCCGCGCACCAGCGACACGAUUGGCGAGCUGCCGCCGGAAGAUAUUGAGGACGUGCUCAGCGACUAUGAUGAUCGUUUCACGCCUUGA